GCUGCGAGCCAGCGACAUCAUGGAGCCCAACCUGACGUACGUGUACCCGCACACCAGGAUCCAGUCCCUCGUGAGCAUCCUGCGCACCACGGUGCAUCACGCCUUCCCCGUGGUGACCGAGAACAGGGGCAACGAGAGGGAGUUCAUGAAGGGAAAUCAGCUAAUAAGUAACAACAUCAAAUUCAAGAAAUCGAGCAUCCUCACCCGAGCUGGGGAGCAGCGCAAGCGCAGUCAGUCGAUGAAAUCCUACCCCUCGAGCGAGCUGCGCAACAUGUGCGACGAGCACAUCGCGACGGAGGAGCCGCCAGAAAAGGAGGAUCUGCUGCAACAGAUGCUCGAGAGAAGGUACACUCCCUACCCCAACCUCUACCCCGACCAGUCUCCCAGCGAGGAGUGGACCAUGGAGGAACGCUUCAGGCCUUUGACCUUCCACGGCCUGAUCCUGCGCUCGCAGCUGGUCACCCUCCUUGUCAGGGGUGUCUGUUACUCCGAGAGCCAGUCGGGCGGGAGCCAGCCUCGGCUGUCGCAUGCAGAGAUGUCGGAGGAUUACCCCCGCUACCCAGACAUCCACGACCUGGACCUCACGUUGCUGAACCCUCGCAUGAUAGUGGAUGUCACCCCGUACAUGAACCCAUCGCCCUUCGCUGUCUCUCCAAACACUCACGUGUCACAAGUUUUCAACCUGUUCAGGACAAUGGGCCUCAGGCAUUUGCCGGUUGUGAACGCGGUAGGAGAGAUUGUCGGGAUAAUCACCCGGCACAACCUGACCCACGAGUUCCUGCAGGCGAGACUGAGGCAGCACUACCAGACCCUCUGA